CGACUGCAAUAGCCUGCAGCAGUCGUGUGCCCCAAUCCAAAGCAUUGUUCAGGCCGUCAUAGGGAGGUGAACAACAUUUAGGAAAAAUGUGCGGCAUUCUAGCGGUCCUCAACUCUUCAGAUGACAGCCAGGCGAUGCGAUCAAAGGUCCUGGCGCUUAGCCGUCGCCAGCGGCACCGUGGACCCGACUGGUCGGGCAUGCACCAGUUCAGCAGCAACUCCAGCACGCACUAUCUGGCGCAUGAACGCCUCGCAAUUAUUGACCCCGCCUCUGGCGAUCAGCCCCUCUUCAACGAGGACCGCACCAUCGUUGUGACGGUGAACGGCGAAAUCUACAACUACAAGUCGCUGCUUGCGCACAUCGUGGAGAAGUGCCCUGGCAAGCAGUUUGCCACCAAGAGCGACUGCGAGGUGAUCAGCCACCUGUACGAGCUGCACGGCGAGGCGGUGGCGGGCAUGCUGGACGGCUUCUUCGCCUUUGUCAUCCUGGACACGCGCACCAACACCUUUUACGCGGCGCGCGACCCCAUGGGCGUGACCUGCAUGUACAUUGGCUGGGGCCGGGACGGCAGCAUCUGGCUGUCUUCGGAGAUGAAGUGCCUCAAGGACGACUGCACCCGCUUCCAACAGUUCCCCCCCGGCCACUACUACUCGUCCAAGACGGGCGAGUUCACCCGGUACUACAACCCGCGGCACUACCUGGACUUUGAGGCCACGCCGCAGCGCUUCCCCUCAGAGCCCUACGACACGGUCAAGCUGCGCCUGGCCUUCGAGGCUGCCGUGGAGAAGCGCAUGAUGAGCGAUGUGCCCUUCGGUGUGUUGCUGAGCGGCGGUCUGGACAGCAGCCUGGUCGCCUCCAUCGCGGCUCGCAAGAUCGCCAAGGAGAAGGGCAAGCUACACAGCUUCUGCGUGGGCCUGCAGGGCUCCCCCGACCUCGAGAAAGCCCGCGAGGUGGCCAAGUUCCUGGAGACGGACCACCAGGAGUUUUACUUCACGGUGCAGGAGGGCAUUGACGCCAUCAGCGAGGUCAUCUACCACAUCGAGACCUUUGACGUGACCACGAUCCGCGCCUCCACGCCCAUGUUCCUGAUGAGCCGCAAGAUCAAGGCGUUUGGCGUGAAGAUGGUGCUGUCGGGCGAGGGCUCGGACGAGGUGUUUGGAGGCUACCUCUACUUCCACAAGGCACCCAGCGCGGAGGAGUUUCACAGCGAGACCAUCCGCAAGCUGCAGGACCUGUUCAAGUACGACUGCCUGCGCGCCAACAAGUCCACCAUGGCCUGGGGCGUGGAGGCACGCGUGCCCUUCUUGGACCGGGAGUUCCUGGAUGUGGCCAUGGCAAUCGACCCGGCGGAGAAGAUGAUUGACAAGUCCAAGGGCCGGAUUGAGAAGUACAUCCUCCGGAAAGCCUUCGACGUGCCGGAGCAACCCUACCUGCCCAGCGACAUCCUCUGGCGCCAGAAGGAGCAGUUCAGCGACGGUGUGGGCUACAACUGGAUCGACGGGCUCAAGGCGCACGCCGAGACCCAGGUCACGGACGAGAUGCUCAAGAACGCGGUGCACAGGUACCCCGACAACACCCCCCGCACCAAGGAGGCCUACUGGUACCGCACCAUCUUUGAGAGCCACUUCCCGCAGCGCGCAGCCAUGGAGACGGUCCCCGGCGGCCCCUCGGUGGCCUGCUCCACCGCCACUGCGGCGCUCUGGGACGCGGCGUGGGCGGGCAAGGAGGACCCCUCGGGUCGCGCCGUGGCGGGUGUUCACGACUCGGCCUACGACGGCAGCGCGGAGGCCAACGGGGCCGCGGACGGCGAGCCGGCGGCCAAGAAAGCCAAGUGCUGAGCCGCACAGCAGGGCAGUCUAGCCUAGCUGGCAGCAGCAGCAGCUGCGUUUGGCAACCGAGGACGUGGGAGGGGGAUCAGCGCUGUGUGAUGGUUGCCAUGGGGUCUAGCGUUUCUUUGGGCGGCAAGCGAGCGACGGGGUGUCGAACUCAGUGCUGACACCCUACCGUAUACCACACGCACAACCCCAUGACACGCCGUCACGGUGCUUUCCUAAGGGGGGUUGAACAGCCGCUGAGACGAGCGGACCGGUAUCCCAUGCCCUGGGGACGGGAAACGGGGAUUGUGUAUUUUUGGGAGGGAGAGGACGGAUGCAUGAUUACACGGUGUGCUUGGGGCCGGCAAGGCGGGGGGUGUAGCGUGCGUGGUAGCUUUAGCCGUUCUGGCACAGAUGGAGGUCUCUUUGAGUGCUUUGUCAUUUAAAGCACAGCUACCACACCGGAUGCCAGGUUACAGAGAAGCGCUUCGAGCUCCUUGACUUGGGUGGGCCUGUGUUGGAUGGGGUGCAUGUGUUCGGACGCUUUCAGCAAUGCGAACCCGGAUUACUUGUUGGUUGACGGCUAGGUGUUCCUUAGGUCACGACGCGCAGGGGUGCUUGGGGCUGGACGCGCCACACCCAAACUCUUUGAAGUCUUUUAACUGCAGGUGCGCGCACGUUUGACGACGACAUGAUGAUGACUCUUGACGGCGGAGAAGCGGAAAAGGAGUUGUUAGAUAGCAUCCGGCGUGUGACCGAGCGACGUAUGUUAACCACCGACGUCGAUGAAGGGAGGUGACUGACUAUAUUUUUGUCAGCCCUGGCUACCGGUAUAGAGUCAGGAGGGAGCAGCGGGCGGAUGUAGUGCCGGAGGCUGUUUUUCCAUGGGCAUUGAAUUGAAUGAAGCGGUGUGUUCCUGCCCUGUACCUUUUUUCUUGCUUGCAGUUGGGGGCCUGCCGCGCACUUCGAUGUUUCGGAUGUGUGGAUCCGUUGACCGGCAGUGUAACGC